CCCGACCACAAGAUCACCAACGACGCGCACCAGCAACACGGAACGGUCUUUUUGUUAAGACAAUUCCCUACUAACCCCCAGGUUGCGGAAGCCAGAACACAGUCACGAUGCCUUCGGAAGCCGGUCACCGACUAUACGUCAAGGGACGUCACCUGAGCUACCAGCGCUCUCGUCACACUACCCGCCCUGCCACCAGCCUGAUCAAGAUCGAGGGUGUUGACAACACCGAGGGCGCCAACUUCUACCUUGGCAAGAAGGUCGCUUUCGUCUACCGGGGCCAGAAGGAGAUCCGAGGCACCAAGAUCCGUGUCAUCUGGGGCAAGGUUACCCGGCCACACGGCAACUCCGGCGUUGUCCGCGCCAAGUUCACCUCCCCUCUCCCCACCAAGUCCUUCGGUGCUUCUGUUCGCGUCAUGCUGUACCCAUCUUCGAUAUAAAAAAAGGGCUUCGGGCUGGAGUUGGUAGUGAGGGCGGUUCUCAUUUGGCUGCAUUGGUCGAGGCAAGGAUAAAGCAAAUUGCCUUGCUUUGAGGCAUUGAAUUCAAAAAGACGUCAAAUCCCAACCCCGAAGGCUCUGCACACCUGAGCUUCUCAUUUGAUGAUAUUUUCUUAUUCCCAUACCCAUUCAUGCAGCGGUUGGCGAAGAAUUCGAUCUCGACCAGGGUCAAGUCCACCAGAGGACCAGCGAUGGAAUACUGUUUUAUGGAUGGGAUUCGAGACCGGAACUUCGGCGCCGGCGGCAGCGGCGAGUGACUAGGGUACAAGCGAUUCAUCGAUGAAUGCCAGGUUCAGGGCUAUUAUUACGGCAGCACAAGCGUCCCUGAAUGCUGGAUUGUGAUUUGACUCGUAUGGGAGAUUUUGAGCCAUGGUCGGCGUCUUAUGAUGAAUCGGAAUGUCUUUUGAACCA